AUGUCUCAUUUCAUCACUCUUACACUUUUGACUUUACUUAUCGCAACUGCGUUUGGUGAAGAGUGUGAAUCGCCAACAUUUAGUGUAAAAUCUCAUACGACGAACGACGCUCGUUUAACAGCAGAAACAGCUGCUUCAGUUGAAAUAACAGUUAAAUGUAAAAAUAACAGAGUGAAGACUGGACCACUUUAUGCUGAUGUUGACGGUCAGAUAAUACCAUGCGGUCAACAUAGUAAAAAUCCAGAAAAAUACUAUCUUAGUCUUGCAGGUCAUCACAAGCAGGUUCCACAAGGCAAACAUAUAAUUAAACUCUAUGAUGUUGAAAGUUAUUCAACUUUGAGAAAAGCACGAAGUGAAGAAGCCGCUAAAUCUGUAAAAACAUUUGGUGAAAUUGAUUUUCAUCAUCGCGGUGUUAGUACCGGACCAUGGAUUCAAAGCGAAUUCUUUGCAGCUGCUAUCUUUGUCGGUGUUUGGUGGUUAUCCUAUGUGAAUCGUGUAAAAAUUUUAUCUUAA